AUGAAUGAGAUGUCGAGUUUCCUGCACGUCGGGGACAUCGUCUCCCUCUACGCCGAGGGCUCUGUCAAUGGCUUCAUCAGCACCUUGGGGCUGGUGGACGACCGGUGUGUGGUGGAGCCGGCGGCCGGAGACCUGGACAACCCGCCCAAGAAGUUCCGAGACUGCCUCUUCAAAGUGUGUCCCAUGAACCGCUACUCUGCCCAGAAGCAGUACUGGAAGGCCAAGCAAACCAAGCAGGACAAGGAGAAGAUCGCCGACGUGGUGCUGCUGCAGAAACUCCAGCAUGCGGCCCAGAUGGAGCAGAAGCAGAACGAGACAGAGAACAAGAAGGUGCACGGGGACGUGGUGAAGUACGGCAGCGUCAUACAGCUCCUGCACAUGAAGAGCAACAAGUACCUGACGGUGAACAAGCGGCGGCCGGCGCUGCUGGAGAAGAACGCCAUGCGGGUGACGCUGGACGCCACCGGCAACGAGGGCUCCUGGCUCUUCAUCCAGCCCUUCUGGAAGCUGAGGAGCAACGGAGACAACGUGGUGGUGGGGGACAAGGUGAUCCUCAACCCCGUGAACGCCGGGCAGCCGCUGCACGCCAGCAACUACGAGCUCGCGGACAACGCCGGCUGCAAAGAGGUGAACUCAGUCAACUGUAACACCAGCUGGAAGAUCAACCUCUUCAUGCAGUUCUGCGACCACCUGGAGGAAGUGCUGAAGGGGGGGGACGUGGUGAGGCUGUUCCACGCCGAGCAGGAGAAGUUCCUCACCUGCGACGAGUACAAGGGCAAGCUGCACGUCUUCCUCCGCACCACGCUGCGGCAGUCGGCCACCUCGGCCACCAGCUCCAACGCCCUGUGGGAGGUGGAGGAAAACCCAAGUUAUAAAGGAGACGUGGCCGAGCCCAAGGCAGCGCCCACGGUGAGCUCUAGGAACACAGGGGAGAAGAUCAAAUACCGCUUGGUGGCUGUGCCCCAUGGCAACGACAUCGCCUCCCUCUUCGAGCUGGACCCCACCACGCUGCAGAAGACGGACUCCUUCGUCCCGCGGAACUCCUACGUGAGGCUGCGCCACCUCUGCACCAACACGUGGAUCCAGAGCACCAACGUGCCCAUCGACAUCGACGAGGAGCGGCCCAUCCGCCUCAUGCUCGGCACCUGUCCCACCAAGGAGGACAAGGAAGCUUUUGCAAUCGUCUCCGUGCCUGUGUCCGAAAUCCGGGACCUGGACUUUGCGAACGAUGCCAGCUCCAUGCUGGCCAACGUGGUGGAGAAGAUGAAUGAAGGUUUUCUCAGCCAGAAUGACGGCAGGUUCGUGAUCCAGCUGCUGGAGGACUUGGUGUUUUUCGUCAGCGACGUCCCUAACAACGGUCAGAACGUGCUGGACAUCGUGGUGACCAAGCCCAACCGGGAGCGGCAGAAACUCAUGCGGGAGCAGAACAUCCUCAAGCAGAUCUUUGGGAUCCUGAAAGCGCCGUUCAAGGACAAGGGCGGGGAAGGGCCCCUGGUGCGGCUGGAAGAGCUCUCGGACCAGAAAAACGCUCCCUACCAGUACAUGUUCCGCCUGUGCUACCGCGUGCUCCGACACUCCCAGGAGGACUAUCGCAAGAACCAGGAGCACAUCGCCAAGCAGUUCGGCAUGAUGCAGUCCCAGAUCGGCUACGACAUCCUGGCCGAAGACACCAUCACGGCCCUGCUGCACAACAACCGCAAGCUGCUGGAGAAGCACAUCACGAAGACGGAGGUGGAGACCUUCGUCAGCCUGGUGCGCAAGAACCGCGAGCCACGGUUUUUGGACUACCUCUCGGACUUGUGCGUGUCCAACCACAUUGCCAUCCCCGUCACGCAGGAGCUGAUCUGCAAAUGUGUGCUGGACCCAAAGAACAGCGACAUCCUCAUCAAAACCGAGCUGAGGCCGGUGAAGGAGAUGUCCCAGACGCACGAGUACCUGAGCAUUGAGUACUCGGAGGAGGAGGUCUGGCUCACCUGGACCGACAAGAACAACGACCACCACGAGAAAAGCAUCCGGCAGCUGGCACAGGAGGCCCGGGCAGGCAAUGCCCACGACGAGAACGUCCUGAGUUACUACAGGUAUCAACUGAAGCUGUUUGCCCGCAUGUGCCUGGACCGCCAGUAUUUGGCCAUCAAGGAGAUCUCCCAGCAGCUGGGCGUAGACCUGAUCUUCCUCUGCAUGGCAGAUGAAAUGCUGCCCUUCGACUUGCGGGCGUCCUUCUGCCACCUCAUGCUGCACGUGCACGUGGACAGGGACCCCCAGGAGCUGGUGAUGCCCGUGAAGUUUGCGCGGCUCUGGACCGAGAUCCCCACGGCCAUCACCAUCAAAGACUACGACUCCAACCUCAACACCUCCCGCGACGACAAGAAGAACAAGUUUGCCAGCACCAUGGAGUUCGUGGAGGACUACCUCAACAACGUGGUGAGCGAGGCGGUGCCCUUCGCCAACGAGGAGAAGAACAAGCUCACCUUCGAGGUCGUCAGCCUUGCCCACAACCUCAUCUACUUCGGCUUCUACAGCUUCAGCGAGCUGCUGCGCCUGACGCGGACGCUGCUGGGCAUCAUCGACUGCGUCCAGAACCCGCAGCUGAUGCUGCAGGCAGUGUACAGCGACGAGGUGACGGGGAAGAACGUGCGGAGAUCGAUCCAGGGUGUGGGGCAGAUAAUGUCCACCAUGGUGCUGAGCAGGAAGCAGUCCAUCUUCAGCCCCCCAAGCCUCAGCACCGGCUCUGCCCCGGAGCAAGUAGACAGAGGGAGAAGCAUCGAGAAUGAGAACAUCGUGGUGAUGGAGACCAAGCUGAAGAUCCUGGAGAUCUUGCAGUUCAUCCUGAACGUGCGCUUGGACUACAGGAUUUCCUACCUACUUUCCGUCUUCAAGAAGGAGUUUGUGGAAGUCUACCCCAUGCAGGACAGUGCGGCCGAUGGGACGGCUCCAGCCUUCGAUUCCACAACUGCAGCCAUGAACCUGGACCGCAUCGGGGAGCACGCAGAGGCCAUGUUCGGCGUGGGGUGA